CUUGCUUCUAACACUGUACAAGUUUUCAAAUUUGCCCUACUUUGUUCUAUUUCAAUCUAACGAAAUCAGGUAAUCUGUGGGUGUCUUUCUACGUUUUUUAUUUUUACCAAAGUAGCGAAAAUGUCUUCUGAAGAGACGGUUAGUGUUGAGGGGAUUAGGGAGAGGUUUGAGCGAGAGGAGGAGAGGUUUGUUCCUCAGAAUAUCCUAAAGAGGGACAAUGGGCAGGAUGGGUGUUUCAAUCCUGAGGAGGAGGUUGUUUCUAAGGCCAGCAGGAAGGAAGGAGAAGACUUGUUCUACUUGGGGAACCACUGGAUGCCCAUGUCUGCUCAUUAUUUGGCUGUUGGGCUACGGUUCCUUAUUCUAGAGUUGCUGGUGUGGGUUUUGAUGGGUAAUAACAUAGGGCUAACGCAGCUCAUUCCGAACGCUAUGCUGCUAGUGAUAGCAUUCACGGUGUAUAGCCGAGGUCGGGGGUUACCAUUCCUCACCGCAAAUGUAUUCAAAUACUUUUAUGUGUUGAAGGCUGGGAGCGAUAGGGAGAGGGGGUGGUAUUAUUUCACUGGCCGAGUGUGGGACAAGACUGACGCCGAGGUGGAGUUGCUAAGCAGGUGGAGGGGGAAAGGAGUAAAUCCCAAUAAGUAUAGUCUAACUCCUGGGGAGAUGGAAGAUGUGAGGGCAUUGGAGAGAGGAGGUGAAGAUGUAUUAGACAUUUUGCAGUAUACAAGUCAGAAGAUGUUGGAUGCUUCUGAAAUCUAUGGGUCGAGCUCACAGAGCGGAGGCGAGAUGAACAAAUUUUUGGAUACGACUGGUGAGGUUGGGAUCCCUAAGAAGAAAAGCAAAGUAGCAAGGGUUACUGCAGAGGUGGGAGGAAGAGAUGGUAGGAGCACUACACACUCUGUUGAAACUCUUUGCUCUGGUUGUCUCUCAACCAAAGAGUGUGGAGAAUUCGUCCCUUCUCCUACUGAAGUUGAGGCAACGGUUCCCAUCUUAGAAGUUCCUCUAGGUGGGGACGAGGGUUACAUUCGUGCCCCCAUGUCAAGCUACUAUGAACUCGGCAUAAGAAGCAUAGCGAAGAGUUUCAUCAAUACCUAUUUCCUAGAGGUGGACCAUCAGCGGGCCAAGGAUAAGGUGGCCGCAUGAGGGGGAGUUGGUAUUGUGCGUCAUGUUCUUGAGGUAAAAGUUUUAAUUUUGUUAAGCUUCAAAUUUGGUCUCGGCUUGCAUUUAUUGACUUUGGCUUAUUGUGUAGGCUGCAAACCUCGUCAAUGCUCUGUCAAACGAGUUCUUUGAUAGCUUGAUGGACAAGACCCGAUUAUAGGCUAAGAAUAAUGAGCACAUCUAGAG